AGGCUACAGAAUUCCAAAAAACUGGAACGUCGCGCUUUGGCUCCGAUAUUCGCAUACAAAUCCCGAAAAUUUCCAGGAUCCCAUGUGCUUUAACCCUGACCGAUGGGAUGUACCAAUGACCCCGGGAGCGUACCAAGUGUUUGGAGGAGGGUCGAGAAUCUGCGCCGGAAAUAUGCUGGCCAGGAUACAAAUUGCAAUCUUUCUCCAUCACUUGUCCACGGGAUACAAGUGGGAAUUGCUGAAUCCGGAUGCUCCAAUGAUUUACCUAUCACAUCAGAUUCCGACAGAUGGCGUGGAGAUUUCGAUCGCCGCACUUUGACGUCAGGUUAAGUUCUUCCUGUCCCCGGCCGGCGAGCGACCUUGUAUAACGAGUUUCUUCAAUGUGGAGACUAUG